AUGUCUGCCUUUGACCAGGCGGUGGCGCUGCGGCACCAGAACAAGGAGCUGCUGGAGAGACUGAGAGUGAAACAGGAGAGCUACCGACAGCUGAGGAGGGGCAGGGAGAGAGGGGAGCAGGCAGGGGAGAAAGGGGAGCAGGCAGGGGAGAGAGGGGAGCAGGCAGGGGAGAAAGGGAAGCAGGCAGGGGAGAGAGGGGAGCAGGCAGGGGGGAAAGGGGAGCAGGCAGGGGAGAGAGGGGAGCAGGCAGGGGAGAGAGGGGAGUUGGCACAGGGGAGGGAGAGAGGGGAAGGGGCUCUGAUCACCAUCCCAGGAGAGGGGGGCCAGCCCUGGGCAGCCCGGGCAGCUCUGACUGCAUCGCUGAGGCGCAGGGCUGGGGGAGAGGGAGAGGGAGGUAACAAAAGCUCAACGCCUUUCCGGGCUACAGCUACGCAACUCCAGGGAGCCGAGGGGUGGAAACAGAGGUGCAGCGAGACCCUGGGGUGGGGCAGAAAGAUCCCAGGGCGGGGCAGCGAGACCCCGGGGCGGGGCAGCGAGACGCCGGGGCGGGGCAGCGAGACUCUGGGGCGGGACAGUGAGAUAACACUCUACAUUGACCAGCUGCUGCACCUCGGAAACGACCGGCAGAGAGGCACCUUCAUCAGAGAGACCAGGAGACCCAAACCCAUCCUGCUUCCCCCUCACAGCAGAGAGAGGAAGGGGGUGAGUCACGUGACCUUCCAGUCACCUGAAGAGGCAAGUGAGGGGGAGGGCUGGUCUGUGAGGCCCUUCCUGGGCUAUGAUUGGAUAGCAGGUGUGCUGGACGCAGACUCCUCCCUCUCUGAGAAAUCCGAGCCAUUCUUCACAGAGCUGAGAGACUUCCGACAGGUCAACAGAGAAGAGUGCGUCCACAAGGAGUACAUGGAAGCGGAGCGGCUUGACCUCUUACCCCUGACCUCAGUGAAGGACCCCCAGGAAUUGGAUUACUCUCGAGACACCCACCAGUGCACGCACUGUUAUCGUGUGAACAGCAGGCUGUUUGCUGUGCCUCUGGACCCCCAGGCUGCCUGUCCCGUCUGCAAGACCCCCAGAUCACAGCGCCCCCUCCCCACAGCCCAGGAGCCCGCCUUCAUCCGGGUGAGUAUCCCUCGCUCCACACUGCUGCCGGCCUACAGGUACAAAGCACACCGACGCAAGAGCUUUGACCCAUCCGACAGCCUGGCCCUGCCCUCGCACUGUCUGUCAGGCUGGUCCUGCACAGCGCCCCCUGCUGCCCCUUCAAUGAACAGCCUGGAUCUGAAAGCCUCAGUGAAGCCAGAGACAGCUGGCAGUGUCCUCUCUACCAGCGCCCUCUACCUGUCACAGCUGGACUGCUCCGUGUCCAGAGUGAUGGGGGGGGCCCAUACUGACCAGAUGCUGGACCUGUCUCGCUCGGCCCGGUACCACUUCCAGAGACUGGACCAGGACCAGAACCAAGAGCUGAGGUGCAGCAAACCACACAGCACAGCGUACCCAGUGUACUGAACCAGAGAGAGACCCAAACACAGCACAGCACACCCAGUGUACUGAACCAGAGAGAGACCCAAACACAGCACAGCACAGCACAGCACAGCGUACCCUGUGUACUGAACCAGAGAGAGACCCAAACACAGCACAGCACAGCACAGCGUACCCUGUGUACUGAACCAGAGAGAGACCCAAACACAGCACAGCACAGCACAGCACAGCGUACCCUGUGUACUGAACCAGAGAGAGACCCAAACACAGAACAGCACAGCACAGCACAGCACAGCACAGCACAGCGUACCCUGUGUACUGAACCAGAGAGAGACCCAA